UUUAGCGCGCAUGAAAGUAUUUUCCUAUAAACAUCUGGCGAGAAACCGAAGAAAACUCUAGGUAAUUGAUAAGUGAUUACAACAGCGUGUAAAGAGGUGAUCCUCGGGACAUAUUUUUAUGUUGAUCUAUAUCAAUAUCGACUAAUGGUGUUUAAAACUAUGAAAUAUAUCUGGAGCAUUGAUUUCAUAUCUGACUGUAAUCCUCCGAGAAAUAUCGCCACAACUACAUAAAUUGUUCAAAUAUGCAUUUCGUUUAUUAAUUUAUAUGUGUUCGGAGUUAAAUAUGUGAUGUGACAUGGAUGAUGUCAGGGAUAAACCGCCAAUCGUUUGGUUGACAAUAAUAAGAAUAGGUUAUACAUGUCACUAACUGACGAUGAAGUGGAGUACUUAGAUUUUACCGGUCAAAACAAAAGUCUUAAGUGGAUAACAAAAUAUUUCGUAUUGUCAACGGCAGAAGUGGAGUAGACCACUUGUUAUAUGAGACGGAAAUUUGUGUUAUUUAUAUUCAUAUAUAUCGUUUGUUGUUUAUUCUUUAUCAUUUUUAUUGACGCAUUAGAUUAGUUAACAUUAAUGAGAGCGGACUCAUAUCGUCACAUUUGAAAAAUAUUGCUCAAAGAAAUUUGAAUAUUCUGAGCACAGCUUUCCACGGAAGGCUUGAUGAAGAACAAAUUUGUUUUCUAUUAAACGUUGCAUUACUCUUCAUAUGAAAGUGAAGGAAAUCUCGGAUAUUUAAGAUGUAUUCUCCGCUUGAAAACGUUGAUGCAAAUACGACUUGGACUUUAGAUGAAUUAAGUAAACUAAAAGCAGCGUAUCUUCUACCAGCGGUAGUUUACCUCGGUGUGUUGAUGAUAAUAGGUGUAAUCGGUAACGCUUUUGUGAUCAUUAUAUUCUACUUCCGGUUCAGCGAGUCUACACACCGGACUUUUAUUUUGGUUCUUGCUUUUUAUGACUUUUUUGCUUGUGCUGUCGGAGCGCCAUGGGCAAUAACAGAAUCAUUCUUUGCAUACAGCUACAUGGAUGCAGUAUCUUGCAAAAUAUUUAGAUUCAUACUGUAUUAUACUUGUAUAGCUUCAAGUCUUACCUUAGUUUUAAUAGCAUUCGAACGGCACCGUAAAAUUUGCACGCCGUUAAAACAACAAUUCACGGUCCCGAUGGCCAAACGUGCUUUAUUUAUCGUUUGCAUCGUCAUUUCGUCUAUAUCAGCCUCUCCAGCUUUUAUUUUCUAUGGGAAUGCUUCAAAAUAUACUGGUGUUGAAAACAUUACAGGAACUAGGUGUUUUAUAACUGAUUUCUACGAACACGAAGUGCCCGGAUGGCCAAUGGCUUUCAAUGUGUACCUUCUGGUUCUCGCGUUCGUAUCAACCCUAUGUAUGGCUGUUUGCUACGCAAUGAUAGCAAGACAAGUGUCAAAGAUGGGAAAGGCAAAUGUCUCCAAACGCAUGACGAAGAAUGCGGAGAAAUCCAACGGUGAGAUGAAUUCAGUGUGCAUGGACGAGGAGAGUGAUUCUUUUCAUGUCAAUGGGAAAAGACCAGUGUCAGAAGCUGUCAGUGUGAAAAGUACGGCAUCGACAAUGAGUAAUCCCAAAAAUGUGAAUAACGCAACGCCCAAAUCAAAAAAUACAUUUAGGAAGAGAACAUCAGUUUGGGCAAAUAAGGUAAUUCGCAAAUUGUCAACGUCUUCUGGGAAAAAGACGGUUCGGAUAACAAAGAUGUUAACGUUGGUGACAAUAGCUUUUGUAAUAAGCUACUUGCCACAUCUAUCGCUUAUGAUAUGGAGUAUGGUGAUAACAAAGGACGACAAACACACUUUGCCUACGGAUAACGAAUAUAAAGUACUGUUUUAUUCCUUUUUCAUUAACAAUCUAGUAAACCCUUUUAUUUACGCGGCAAUGGAUUUAAAGUUCAGAGGAGAACUUGCGAAGCUAGUGAAAUGCAGAUUCUCUUGGAAGAGAUAACGCAUGUAAUAAUCUGUAUAUUGUUAAUAUAAUGCAGACAUGCCGCCAAUUGCUGUUUCUUUUAUCUUUAAUAGCAAACUGUUUGAUGUUCAAUAUUGGGUAAAGUGUACAUGCAUACUUGCCUAGAAUUAUUUCUAAACAUUUAUAACAGAUAAAGCGUUGUUUAUCAUAAAAUAUUAUACAGACUAUAACUUGCCAUAGUUCCAUCUGAAAGUAAACCCAUUAAGUACACUCUCUGAUUUCUUUGCAAUUGUAUGAUUAAGUUUAGUCAAACAUCUAAGGCACCUAUCUAAACGAAAUAAAGUUUGCAGUACAAUUUGGUCAAAAUGUAGAAUGUCUUUCACAAAAUGAAAAUAUUAAAUUUGGGAAUGUAACUUCAGACUCUGGUAUCUUUUUGAUUUUAUACAAACUCACGUUAGAGUCGUAGAGUUGCAACUUGGAACAUGUGACCAUUUUUACCCGAAAUUCUUGCUCAAACCGUAUAGCAUAAUAUGUUCUGCGAGUUCAUUUUGGACCUGUUUUUCCCUUGAUUUUACUACCAGAACCGUUCGCAACUUACAUGAGUAACAUACAUGUAUGGCCAAAACGAAAUCAAUUAUUUCUUCAUAUACUUCAAUCGAACACAUAGCAUUGUAUUAUUACGUACAGAUAAUGAUAAAAUAGCAUGAAGACUGGACGAAAGCACAUUAAAAUUCUUCAAAUUAAAUGCGAUUAAGAACACUAAGUCUUUGUCCUACUUUUCGUCCAAUGAAAAUGCCUGAAUUUGAAAACUUCUUCCAAUCUUUUUCGUAUAAAAUAUCCUCAAUCAUUCAUUUAAUCGUCAAGUCGAGGCGGCUUUGUUAAAAAGACACAAAAGCGUUUUAAAUAGCUACCUUACGUCGUUUCUUUCUAAGUUUUGAAAUCGUGUAUUUCUUUUUCGUUUUAGUGUUUAACCAUUAACUACAAUUACCUACAGUGGAAUAUAAUAAUAAUAAUAAAAAGCCGUUUCAUUUAAGGCUAAACAAAGCUCAAAGUAAAGCUUUAAUUAAUCGAUUUUUUAUGAUGAGAUAGAAAAAGCAAGCAUUUAAUGAUCAUUAAUGUAUAAUGAGCUUAAUAAGUGCACGAGAUUUUGAACCCGGUCAUGUAUAAUUGAAUACUUCAUUUAUUAGUUAAAACCAUCGAUGAUGGUAGAGUCGCACGCAAUACCAAAAGCUGCAGUGAAGAGUUUAAUCGAUUGAAACUCAGUACUUGUAACAUCGUGUGUUCCAUUUUCAACUGUUAUCUGGUUGGUAUAUGUUGGUAUUAGUUAAGUCUUUAUAUAUAUCAAGGUACUUCCAAGAACUUAUCUACACUGCUUAUUUUACCUUCCUUCAAAUUUGUAAUUUAGCAAUUAAUUAAAAAAAAUCAUCGAAGUUCAACAUUUUCAUCGUUGAAU